UCCAGUCACGGCAUUCUUGCCUUUGGCUCUUCCUAUUAAUGCAAUCACCCUCCUGCUAGCCCAGACUCUUGACAGUUAAAUUAUCCAGCUCCUGCGAGUUUUUAGGACCAACAGGCUUAGGCCAGGAAUACAAAGCAGGUAAGUAACUCACAAGUCAAGGAGGCCAAACAAAGCCAGCAUAUUGCAUUUAUCUCUUAGCUUUUCUUCUCCAGAUGACCUCCACCAACCUACUUCCUCUCUUGUUUUCAAACUUCUUCUCACCUGACUUUUUCCUCUCUUCACCACCAACAUGGUUAUGGUAAACCCUCCCCCGAUGCUGCACCACCCUUGCGAAACUGUCCCAUCUCCCAGUUCUAUGACAUUGCUCCUUCUGACUCCGUUUUCCAUUUCUAGCUCCCUGAAAUUUUGCUUUUGAAGUUUCAUUACCUCCUUCUUCCUAAAUCCAACUACAAUAUUCGGUCUUGAUCUUUUUCGCUACGCUGCUGAAUUUAACACAACCUUCUAGAAACUCUCUUCCAGAACAGCGCGAGCUGCUUCCACUUCCUUUACUGCUUCUCCUCGGGUCUUUCCUAUUCCUCUCUUCACAAGUGUCCCCAAGUUCAAGCUGAGUUGUGGUUCUCUCGGCGCUAACGCGUUUCUGAUGGCGCUAAGGGUUCAAGCUGGAGAGGUGAUUUGACUCUCGGCGGAGCCGCAGCUGAGCCCGGGGCGUGGAAUGCAGGUUGACUUUCGAGGUCUUAGACAGAGCGGGAAGUUUGGUCCUCGGCAGCCGCCGUCCAGGACUGAGUGCGAAAGAAGGUCUAAGCGCCUGGGGUCGCAGGACCGGGCUUGGGAACCUGGCUGGAGAUGGAGUUCGACUGCGAGGGUCUGAGACGGCUACUUGGCAAGUACAAGUUCAGGGAUCUAACUGUGGAAGAACUAAAGAAUGUAAAUAUGUUUUUCCCACAUUUCAGAUAUUCCAUGGACACCUAUGUUUUCAAAGAUAGUUCCCAGAAAGACCUACUGAAUUUCACUGGUACAGUUCCUGUGAUGUAUCAGGGUAAUACAUACAACAUACCAAUUCGUUUGUGGAUUUUGGAUUCUCACCCUUUUGCUCCCCCUAUUUGCUUCUUAAAGCCAACCGCAAAUAUGGGAAUCUCAGUUGGAAAACAUGUGGAUGCUCAAGGCAGAAUAUACUUGCCCUACCUCCAAAACUGGACCCAUCCUAAAUCUGUCAUCGUUGGAUUAAUUAAAGAAAUGAUUGCCAAGUUUCAAGAGGAACUUCCUCUAUAUUCUCUAUCAUCAUCUGAUGAGGCACGGCAGGUGGACUUGCUAGCCUAUAUUGCAAAAAUUACUGAAGGUGUCUCAGACAUAAAUUCAAAGAACUGGGCAAAUCAUGAGAAUAAAACAGUUAAUAAAAUUACUGUUGUUGGAGGUGGAGAAUUGGGAGUUGCCUGCACAUUAGCAAUUUCAGCAAAGGGCAUUGCAGACAGACUUGUCCUCUUGGACCUCUCAGAAGGGACUAAAGAAGGGAUGAUGGAUCUUGAUAUCUUCAACCUGCCUAAUGUGGAGAUCAGCAAAGAUUUGUCUGCCUCUGCUCAUUCCAAGGUGAUCAUCUUCACAGUUAACUCUUUGGGUAGUUCUCAGUCCUACCUUGAUGUGGUACAGAGAAAUGUGGAUAUGUUCAGAGCCUUUGUCCCAGCUCUGGGACAUUAUAGUCAAUAUAGUGUCCUGCUCGUUGCAUCUCAACCAGUGGAAAUCAUGACCUACGUGACAUGGAAACUGAGUGCAUUUCCUGCAAAUCGAGUGAUUGGAAUUGGAUGCAAUCUGGAUUCACAGAGAUUACAGUAUAUUAUUACAAAUGUUUUGAAGGCAGAGACUUCAGGAAAAGAAGUAUGGGUUAUCGGUGAGCAGGGAGAAGACAAAGUGACCAAAUGGGGUGGCCAAGAAGAAACAAUGAGUCAUAAUUCUCAGGUGCAGCUGUCUAACAGAGCCAUGGAACUAUUAAGGGUAAAAGGUCAAAGAUCCUGGUCUGUCGGACUAUCAGUAGCUGACCUGGUUGACAGUCUUGUAAACAAUAAAAAGAAGGUGCAUUCCGUAUCAAUUUUAGCAAAGGGAUAUUAUGAUAUAAAAAGUGAAGUGUUUUUGAGUUUGCCUUGCAUCCUGGGAACCAGUGGGGUAUUGGAAGUCAUCAAAAGCACAAUGAAAGAAGAUAGAGUAACUGAGAAACUCCAAAGCAGCGCAUCAUCGAUCUAUGAUCUCCAACAACAGUUAAAACUUUGAUUCUAAAGUUCAGUUACCUGAAAGGAAAGGUCAUUUAAUUUUGCCAACAUAUAUAGGGUUGAGAACUUCUCAGUCUUAUUAUUUAUCCUUACAAACUGCUUGUUAAGGUAGAUGGUUUCUUAGUUAGUUUUGUAAUUUGAAUUCUUAAAUAAUUAGAUAAGGAGGAAAAAAAUCUAAAUUUCUUUGUUGUUCUUGAGAUAUGUAUACUGUUCUUUAAACCUACAGCAGAGAUAAACAUCUGCAAUAUGCAUCAUAUAAAAUUAUGUAUCCUUAACUAGAAGCACAUUCAGCACUUUGGGAAUAUUUUGAAAGUAAUAUUUUUAAAAGAAAAUUACUUUCUGACUGUUAUAGUAAACAUGGUAAGCUGAAGGCCCAGUAUGGAUUUAUGAAAUCUAUGCUAGGUAUUCAUUCAAAGGACCUGCAGUUUAGGGUAUUAAUGUUCCCUCUUUAAAAUACCGUUGGUAGUAAUAAUAAUAAAAAAGCAUUUUGUUUUCCCUCUUCAAUUAAUUAGCUACCAAAAAUGGAAAAGAUUUUACACGUACUUGAAAAUAGUAAAAGGGAAAGUGAAAUUUUUUAAAAGUGUAGUUUAACUUCCAGUCGGACUGUCCUUUUUGAAAUUUUCUAUACCUCUUCUUGGGCUAUAUCAGAUCUCUAAUAUCAUAAACUCACUGUAAUAUUAGAACCAUAGAGAAAUGUGUAUUUUCAGUGAAAAUCGAUUAUGAAUUAAAGCCAAGCAGUUUACUUUAAAGUUAAUAUAUGAGGCUUUCAUAAAAGCCAUUGGUUUUAAAGGGGAGAGGUUGGAUAGACUGAUUGUUCUGAGCAAAUUCUUUAACUAAAGAAAUGAUUGUGUACAUAUGCUUUGGUGAUGGGUCAAUAUAUUCAUAUGUGAAAGAUAGCAUAUUAUUAAGGUGGCAUGCAACUAAUAGUAACAAAUAACGUCAACAUUUCUUAUAUUUCAGGCAGUGUGAAGAGCACUUUAUUAUUUUAUUGAAUCCUCACAGUAACCCAUUGAGGUAGGGACUAUUAUCAUCAUUUUACAGAAGGGAAAUUGAGUUUUAGUGCCCAAGAUUUCAUGGCUAAGGGGUACUUAAACAUACAAACUACUUUUUCUAACACUAGAAGGGGAAAAAGGCCUAAUAGCCAAAUGGUUA